AUGGCCUGCCCCCUGGUGCGCGCGCAGAUCUCCGAGGAGACGCGACUCGCGUGCUUCCAUCCUCUGCCGGAGACGCCGCUGUGGCGAGCGGCACUCAACAAGUUGAGCGAUACGCUCUUCUACAACGACACGAUUCGCCACAGGGGCCGGAUGCUUCUCAGCACCGUUCUGCCGCUCUACGCAGACAGAGGGCUCAUGAAGACAUAUUUUGGAAUCGCUGAGAACGACCUCUGCGGCCAGCUGUACUUCCUCGUCUUGCAUGUCUGGCUUCUUCACCGCCGCCUCGUGGCUCUACAAGACGAACUAACGCGAGAUUCACUCUGGGAAGCAGUAGACGACGUCUACCGCGCCAUUCUGUGCGAGGAGAAGGUUAGUGAGAUGCGCAUCUCGUCGUAUGUUCGGGAGAUGCAGCGGACAGCCCUCGGCUUCUGCUUGGCGCUCGACGAGGCGUUUGACGAGGCGUGCUUCGCAGGGGAAGCUGCGCACAGGAUUUGGUACGUCGUGUACGGAGCUGACGACGCGAGCCGUUACGCACCGCACGUCCUCGACCUAACGGCGUAUCUGCUAAGGACGAGCCAGUUCGUUGCGGACAUUCCCGUCGACCUCCUUUACCGAGGAAGCUUCUCCUGGCCUCGCUGGCCGCCGCAUAUCGAAGGCUUGUCUGCGUUGGAACCCACGGAGGCAGGAGAGCAGAAAACGUUCUUCAAGAAAAUGUGA